AUGCGACUUGAACUGGUGAAAAAACUGCAGUCCUUUGCUAUGUGUCAACCUGAACUGCGAAUUUCUCUAAUCGAUGGCGAGAGCCAGCGGAAAAUGUUCCACUAUGAGCCGACGUCAGACCUGGUUUCCGCUUACUCGCAACUCUUCAAGCCUCACCUCGGUUGUGGCUUUGUCCCAGUUUUUAUCAACAGCGUCGUUGUCGAGUCGAAGUUCAAUCUUUGGACCAACGAAAGUGAGGACUUACGAGGCAACCGCGUAGAAGUCGUUUCCGUCAACGGAAUUCCGAUCGACCACUGUAAAGUCCACGAAAUGGUCUGUGAUGAACUGAUCAAAUUCAUUGCUCUAAAGUGUUCAGACUACGUUGUUUCUGCCAGUAAGCCCAAUUUUUAUCUCUCGGUUGAAUGUCCGGAAUCGUCAAUCAAUUGGCUUCGCCCCGGCGUUCUGCGGCCUUAUGCGGUGCGAAGUUUGGUGAAUCUGGUCGAGGCCCUUUUUUGCGUCGCCAUCGAUCGCCCAGCUAUUAAAACGGUCAGCUUGAAAAAUUUGUCACGGGUUACCCUUGGUUCAAAAUUCGCAUCCAACCCGUUAAAGUUCGUCAUGUCGCGACCUGCCGCUUCUUUGCCACUCCCUGAGGCUGUCGCAGAGAGUGCUCCUUCCUAUACUGAGACACAACCCGCAAAUAAAGAAUGCAUGACUAUCGCCGCGCCGCUGUCAAUUGAGAAGCUGUACGUCUACCGUGGCUGUUCUGCGACGACCACGCGAAUUGCGUUCGAGUCAGACCAUCUGAAAGAAUACGACGUCGGUGUAUCUUCAUCAAACGAUCAAGCGCCACAGAGGUUGAAGAUGGACCGAACUAUGCUGCAAUCCGUAAAAGAAUGCUAA